GGCGUAAGGAUACAUCAGAGCUACACGUCGAAAGCAGGUGCACAACGCAGGGAAAUCACAAAUACGAGACGAAUGACGGCAUAGCAUAUGUUGGCUUACCGUCUCCAACAACAGAAGAAACGUCCGCCACAAACCAAAACUGUGUGCUUUCAGUAGAACAAUGUCACGAGUAGGCACUGUCUGCUGACCUCCUUUCUCCAGAGUGACUGCUGUUUUUUCAGAUAGAAGCCAUUCACUCCGCUAUCAACAAAAUGUCGGGUACCUACACACCAGCUCCUGGUGGGCCAUUCUCUGCUCUCACCCCAAGCAUGUGGCCUCAGGACAUUUUGGCCAAGUACCAUCAAAAAGACUGCUCAGAACAACAUGAACUCCAAUAUGAUGAGUUUGGCUUCAGAGUGGACACUGAUGACGGUGGGAAGUCCAGGUCCUGGCUGGGCAGUGAAGGCUCACCCCAGCGUGAAGACCCCCAGCAGAGAUUACGUUGGCAAGCCCACCUGGAGUUCACCCACAACCACACGGUCGGUGACCUGACCUGGGAGCUCAUUGAUCCCGUCCUUGCGCGCUCUGACCGUCUACGUGCCCUGGUGUUGGGUGGCAUACCUCACAGCAUGAGGCCACAGCUAUGGAUGCGUCUCUCUGGAGCACUGCAGAAGAAGAGGACCUCUGAGAUCUCUUACAGAGAAAUCAUUAAGAACAGUUCCAAUGAUGACACCUCCACAGCUAAACAGAUAGAGAAGGACCUGUUACGGACUAUGCCAACCAAUGCGUGUUUCAGCAGUCUGACCAGCGUCGGAGUGCCAAGGUUGAGACGGGUCCUCAGGGGCCUGGCCUGGCUCUACCCAGACAUUGGGUACUGUCAGGGCACUGGCAUGGUGGUAUCCUGUCUGCUGCUCUUUCUUGAGGAGGAGGAUGCGCUAUGGAUGAUGUGUGCCCUGAUCGAAGACCUCCUUCCUCCUUCCUACUUCUCCUCCACUUUGCUGGGCGUCCAAACGGACCAGAGGGUUCUCCGCCAGCUCAUUGUUCAGUACCUGCCAGCCCUCGACCGCCUUCUGCAGGAGCAUGACAUAGAGUUGUCGCUGAUCACACUGCAUUGGUUCCUGACAUCAUUUGCGAGUGUGGUGGACAUUCGUCUGCUCCUUAGGAUCUGGGACCUGCUCUUCUACCAGGGCUCAUUGGUGCUCUUUCAGGUCACACUGGGCAUGCUCAAAGUCAAGGAGGAGGAGCUCAUAUCAUCAGAGAACUCUGCGUCCAUUUUUAAUACUCUGUCAGACUUGCCAAGCCAGCUGAGAGAUGGGCCCGCGGUUCUCGGAGAGGCUAUGAGGCUAGCAGGGACGCUAUCCCAGGAAACAUUGGAAGCCCACCGACACAAACACCUAGCCUACAUCCUAAAUGAACAGGCGCAGCUCAGCAAUGGAAACACCACUCUCAGCACCAAUCUCAACAAGGUGGUGAGGAGGCAGUCACUGCGCAGGAAGUCCACACUGAGCUCCCUGCUGUUCGGGGAGGAUGAGGCAGAGGCCCUGAAAUCCAAGAACAUUAAGCAGACCGAGCUGGUGGCAGCCCUGCGAGAGGCCAUAACCCGCACUGCAGAGCACUUCCACUGUCUGGAUCCACGUCACUCUAGCACUGACCUGACUCCUGACUACUCCAUGGAGAGCCACCAGCGAGAUCAUGAAAACUUUCUUGUGGUCUCUCGCACCAGACGGAGACGGGCAAAGGCUUUGCUGGACUUUGAGCGACAUGAUGACGACGAACUGGGCUUCAGGAAGAAUGACAUCAUCACUAUUGUCUCACAGAAGGAUGAACACUGUUGGGUUGGAGAGCUCAAUGGCCUUAGAGGUUGGUUUCCGGCAAAGUUUGUGGAGAUCCUCGAUGAAAGAAGCAAAGAGUAUUCAUUAGCAGGUGAUGACUCUGUGACAGAGGCAGUGACAGACCUGGCCAGGGGAACACUGUGUCCAGCCCUAAAGGCCAUCUUUCAGCACGGUCUCAAGAAACCGUCUAUACUGGGAGGGCCUUGUCACCCUUGGCUAUUCAUAGAAGAGGCGGCCAGUAGAGAGGUAGAGAGGGACUUUAACUCAGUCUACUCCAGACUGGUGCUGUGUAAAACCUACAGGUUAGAUGAAGAUGGGAAAGUACUAACACCAGAGGAGCUGCUAUAUAGAGCAGUGCAGUCAGUGAACAUGAGCCACGACUCUGCACAUGCUCAGAUGGACGUCAAGUUUAGGUCUCUUGUCUGCGUCGGCCUCAAUGAGCAGGUGCUGCACCUAUGGUUGGAGGUGUUGUGCUCCAGUAUGGCUGCCGUAGAAAAAUGGUAUCAUCCAUGGUCAUUCCUUCGCAGUCCUGGAUGGGUACAGAUCAAGUGCGAGCUCAGGGUCUUAUCAAAGUUUGCCUUCAGCCUCUCCCAAGAUUGUGAGCUCCCUGACAAGAAAGAGGAGAAGGAUCAGAGACCGCUGAAAGAGGGCGUGCAGGAUAUGUUGGUGAAACAUCACCUCUUCAGCUGGGACAUUGAUGGCUAAAUGCACAGCGAGAAACGGCUGAAACCUACCCUGUCCUGUGUCUCUGUGUAUAUUGGAUGUCUCUUCACCUGUUCCUCACGGACUCUCAAGCAUAAAUUAUACAGUUGUCUGCUACAGUUAAGUGACUACUUUAAAGACCAAUGUUUCAGCAUUGGAUAAUGGGGGCACCCUAAUAAUUACUCUUGAGACUCUCAUGUCGUCAUAAAGGUCGAUCAGCACGGAUGUGCUGAAGCAUGUAUGCAUUAAGGUGCAUACUUUAUUUGAAUCCAGGCCCAGUGUAGGGGGUUGCACUACAUGGUGAAAACUAUAUAUACAAGCAAAAUUCUCCUGUAGUACAGAAUAGUCUUUACCUAUGGGAAAGGAGCACUCAAUGUGUCCUAACAGGAUUUCUUCAGUACUCACUGCUCUGACCAUUCACCAUUUCAUUGCUAACUGAGCGUACUUUGUUGUGCAGGAGUGAGACGUAGAGUCCAUUCUAAGGGUGUGUGUGUGUGUGUGUGUGUGUGUGUGUGUGUGUGUGUGUGCGCGCGCAGGAGGUCAUCACCACGACAAACACUCAUGGUCCUAAAUUCCACUUACCCUGUAAAUUCCCAAAUAUUAAGACCAAAACGGAACAUUGCUGAAGAUGGAGCUGUGAAGUUACAAAUUAUUUUUGAGAGGAAUGCUACUUACCUCAAUAUCCUGAAUUCCACAGAAUAUUCCAUUAAAUACUAAUGUUGCACAUGCCAAGUAAAGCCUUUUCAAAUUGUAAUAUAAAACUGUGGGUAUAUGUGUGCUACCUUAACAGUGGUAGUGAUCAGUCUGCACUUAUGACAUAAUGUAAAUGAAGCAGAUAAGUUUUUGUGUUACAAAUCUACAGUAAAUAAAUGUUACAUAUAAUUUGUAAUGUUUUUUGUAUAUAAAAACAUCUGUUGCUUGUGACUAGAUGUGCCCUUGCAAGUUAAAGCAAUUCAGCAAAGGACUUUAUCAUUCUUAGUUAAACAGAGCUUUAGUUUGGACUACAAGCUGCACAUACAUUAGAAAAUGGGAUUGUCUAUUUUAUUAAUUCUGUUAAAACGGUGGACAAUUCCAGAUAAUGGCAGCCUAUAAUUGGGGACUUUAUGGUUCAUAGUUUGACAAAACAAUCACUAUUUUUGUGGUGCAGAUGACUUUUUUUUUUUUUUUUUACAACUGAAGUUUAUGUUCGCAUGUUACAUUUUUAGCAGGUUAAUUUUUGGAUACUUUGCUGAUAGCAAAGAUUGUGUUGUAUUGGUUUUUAUUCCCGCAAAGCUAUUAGAUCUUGAAGGCAUUAAGCUUGAAAUUGUUGUGUAAUAUCAGUUGAGAAUGUUUUGUACUUACAUUGUUAACUGUAACAUUCCCAUGUGCAGAAAAAAACCCUGUCAACUCAGCAUCUGGUUUUACAUGAUUGUAGCCCGUGGAAAUCACAUUAUAUUGAUCGUCAUAAAUUUGCAAAUCGAAAUACAGAAGAAUAAUCUGUUGCCUGGUGUCUACGCAAAGACAAUCCAGCCAGUAGUUACCACUUUCCACCUGUAACGUGAACUGAUAAGACUACACCAACACUCCUUGGCUUAAAUGACUUGAAGGAUAUUGACAAAAGAAACACAAUAAGCAUCCUGAGAACCCGUACCUUCUCCUGUUUAGUUAUUCAAAGUAAAAAUAUCUUUUACACUACUGAAUAAAUUCCACAGUAUUAAAAUAUUUAACAGCAAAUGAGGAAAUCUGAGAAAAAUGCACAUAUAGGGGAAAAAAAGCACUGUUGAAAAGUUCAGUAAAGCCUGUUUAUUAAUGGUCGGGUGUUUCUUUGCAGCAAAGUGUGUUUUUAAAAUGUCACAUGUUAACAGCAACAGGCCAUAACGCAUGGGGUACUGGAGUUACAAAUAGCACUGCAAGUACUGCAUGUCUUAUAAUCAUGAGUGAUGAGAUGAUGUGCUGUAUUUGUUUGUACUAACAUUAUUGGUAUAAGGUUUGUAAGAUGGCUAACUGUCUGACAGUGGAAGCGUGAUCGAUACUACUGAAUCUAAGAGUGCAAGUGAGAGCGGGUUGACCGAUCAAAGACUAUCCAGGAGUGAAGGUUCUGCAUGUAUGCCAAAUAAAUAACAGACAAUUAUAAAAUCUAA